CGCCGCGCAGCUGGCACCGGCUGGGGGCGAGCUGACUCGGAGGGGCUGGCGCCGUCCUUGCGACCGCAGCAGCGGAGUUCAGAGGCCCCAGAGGGGGGAGACUUCCCACACCGUGACUGAGAUGUCGUCCACUGUGGCUUUUUACCUUCUCUCCACCCUGGGAGGGUACUUGGUGACCUCAUUCUUGUUGCUCAAAUACCCGACCUUGCUGCACCAGAGAAAGAAGCAGCGAUUCCUCAGUAAACACAUCUCUCACCGCGGAGGUGCUGGAGAGAAUUUGGAGAAUACAAUGGCAGCCUUCCAGCAUGCGGUUACCAUCGGGACAGAUAUGCUGGAGUUGGACUGCCACAUCACAAAAGAUGAGCAGGUUGUUGUGUCUCACGAUGAGAAUCUGAAGAGAUCAACAGGGGUCAAUGUGAACAUCUCCGAUCUCAAGUACUGUGAACUCCCAACUUACCUUGGCAAACUGGACGUCACAUUUCAAAGAGCAUGCCAGUGCGAAGGAAAAGACAACCGCAUCCCGUUACUGAAGGAAGUGUUCGAGGCCUUCCCCAACACUCCCAUCAACAUCGACAUCAAAGUCAACAACAACGUGCUGAUUAAGAAGGUUUCCGAGCUGGUGAAGCAGUAUCGACGGGAACACUUAACAGUGUGGGGCAAUGCCAGUUACGAGAUCGUGGAGAAGUGCUACAGAGAGAAUUCCGACAUUCCCAUACUCUUCAGUCUACAGCGUGUUCUGCUCAUUCUCGGCCUGUUCUUCACUGGUCUCCUGCCCUUCGUGCCCAUCCGAGAACAGUUUUUUGAAAUCCCAAUGCCGUCUAUCAUACUGAAGUUAAAAGAACCAGACACAAUAUCCAGAAGUCAGAAGUUUCUCAUCUGGCUUUCUGAUAUAUUACUAAUGAGAAAGGCUUUGUUUGACCACCUCACUGCCCGCGGCAUUCAGGUGUAUAUUUGGGUGUUAAAUGAAGAACAAGAAUACAAAAGGGCUUUUGACUUGGGAGCGACCGGGGUGAUGACAGACUACCCAACAAAGCUGAAGAAUUUUUUACAUGAUUUUUCAGCGUAGGAAAGGGAGUCCUCAGAAGCUUUCAAAGAAAACGGGAAAAGACCUAAGAAAAAAUUUUUUCACCAUCAUGUUCCUAAGCCAUUUCCAGAAUGGUAAAAGGUUUAAUCAGUUAAGUUUUAUUACCUCAUUUUUAAGCCUGUCUGAGAAUGUACACACAAUAUAUUGUGUAUUUAUUUUAAAUAUUGCAUAUUUUGCAUUUGUAAAUAGUUUGUUUAGAAUUAACUGAUUGUAAGAUAUAAGUAGAGGAUUAUUGAUCAAGAUUUCUGUAUCUGACUUUAUUAUUAUAAGUAAUUCUGAAAUUGAAGUCUCUUGGACAAUUUAAUACUUUCACUAGAGUAAAGUUAGCUAGUGAGUAAAGCAAAACCACUGAUGUCCACUCCAGCUGUUUUGAAUGGUCGUGUUAUUUCUAGGUGCAUCCUAGUUAACAGGGGGAAGCACAGUGGAAGGAGAGCUUGAAAAUCAGCGAUGAGCUUAUCUGACAAGUUGUGCGUGUUAACAGAAAGCAGACUCACAGAGGAAACUGAACGUUCGUUACUUGAUCACAAAUAAAAUCCAUAGGCUGAAUUAGAUUUCUGGGUUGCUGUUGUUAAUGAGCAUUCUAUUUGGGAUCUUCUCCAGGUGUGUAACAGUGUCUUUUUUUUUUUUUUUGGUAAACAUUAAAUUUGGACUUAUCAAUUGUAAAUUAACACAAGAUCCAAAUAGUCAUAUUUUUAUGUUUCCUGUAAAGAAAUGUAAACUUUCUGUUUGGGGCAAUGACUGAGUGUUUGGGCUUUACAUCUAGAUUUUAAAUCAUAUCUUGAGUCCUAAUAAUAAGAAACAGAUGGAAGUGUAUAUCAUUGUUUUUUAACACUUACAGUAUAAACUACCUGUUCUGAUCUUUAAGAAUUUAUUCUUCUGAGUAUUAACAUGGAAACAGAAUUUCCCAAAGCAUUAGCUAUCACUUUCUCAGGUUUUCUGAUGUGACCUCAUAUAAAUCUGUUCCCAGUCUUUUCCACUAAUUUUCAUGAUCUCUCUGGGAGGCCAGCGUGCUCUGGAUCAAUUAGGGUCUUUUACCGAGAUCACGGCUCUCAUCUGGAGUUCGCCGGUUUACUGCUGUGAAGGAUGGUCUUACUCUCCCUUACCCUGGGUGACAUAGUAACAUAGGCUGUUUUGUUGAAACUGAAAUAAAGUUUACCAAGAACAAA